AAAAAGGAAAAGGAAAAGAAAAAGAAAAGUUGCAGCAUCCGAGUGGUUGGUUUCGGGGCAAGGUUUGAGUCUUCAUCGAUGGUGUGGAUGUAUAUGCUCCGGGGUGGUGAGACGUCAGGGGGGUUUGCUGGCUAACUCGUGCAAUCAACGACAAAUUCCUUCGCCUUAGUAAGCUAGCUUUGUAAGCUAAGCAAGCCUGGUUCUCCGGGCUUUCUCCCUUCUCGACCAGACGAAGGAGAUAUGAAUUCCAUUCAGGGGUGAAAGCGUCUCUCCAUGAAAAAUUCACGAUCAAAACAGCGCCUUUACUGUCAAAACCCAAAAACUAAAACCCUCUUUUCCAAUUCCCCCUCCCGCCCAGUAAACGUUGCUCACUACUUUCUCUCUGCGCUUGCUUAAUCACAGCUCCAAUUCAAACCGGUAGGCUCUCUUCCAUUGCAACUUUCAGAUACAACUCCCGUAUUUUAGUGUUGAGUUUGCAUUUUUUUUGGUUUUGUUGUGGCGGGCAAUGUGUGUUGCGAUUUUAUAAAAGCAUGAAUGCGACCGUGGGCGAUCUAAUUUUAGGGCUUUCCGAACACGGGGUGCUCUGAUUUCUUACUUUCUGUUUGGAGAUUGAAGAUGCUAUUUUACCCUCUUGAUUUAUUUAUGUUGUUGUGUGGUGAAUGAUUCUUGGAUUGUAAGAUUCUUAUGGCUGAUCUUAAAAUUUUCCAACUAUUUGCCCGAAAAUCGUGUUCGGUUAUCAUCUGCGCCCGGCGUCGUUUCAUCGAUCCCUCCCACCUCUUCAAUUCCUCAGUUCAGCUAGUACUGCACUUGAAAUCCGUGUAGAAAUCAUCAAAAUUUCUUGUUGGCUUCGAAUUCGAUUACAGCGAUUCGCGUAAAACAAUUGAGUAGAUGUCGAGGUUUCGUGGAUUAUGGCAAGCUUCGGUUAAUGCAACUAAAAGAGCUCUUUUGUGGAAGCCUGAAGACUUGCUUCCUCCAAGCGAACGGUAUAUUUUUAAGUUUGACACGAAAGAGGAGCUGAAGCGAUGGCAUUUGUAUGCAGAUUCCGAAUAUAAUGGUUUGUCAUCAGCGUCGCUGCAAAUACAAGAGUCUACCAAUGGAUCAAGUGGUACUGGUGUAUUCUCUGGAAACCUUUCUUUGGAUGUCGCUGAAGGUACUAAAUGGAAUAUAACUAGAAGUGGAUUCUGCGGAAUGAGAUCUAAGAAGUUUGAUGGCUUCAUUGAUCUGGAUGGGUACGACACAUUAGCUCUGAAACUUAAAGGAGAUGGGCGAUGCUAUAUAUCUACUAUUUAUACGGAGAAUUGGGUGAAUUCUCCCGGGCAACAAGAAGAUAACUCGUGGCAGGCAUUUGUUUAUGUGCCUAAGGACAACUGGUACAUUGCCAAGAUCCCCCUCGCUCGAUAUCUGCCAACAUGGCGAGGCAACGUGAUAGACGCAGAGCUCGAGAUGAACCCGGCUCGUGUCGUGGGCAUGUCACUCUCGUUGAAUGCAGAAGGUGGAAUCCCAGGCGCCAUCUCUGGUCCAGGUUGCGGUUGUUUGAAGACCGGAGAGCAAUGGCGGCGCGGUGGUGGCUGCAAGCUGCAGCUGUUGCAAGAGAGUGGAAGAAUGGUUGCACAUUUCGGCACAGUUUGCAGUCAACGGACUCGCGGGCGACGCGGGCCGACGGGAAGCAGACAUAGUCAUAUAUACUUUCAUUCUAAAAUAAAAAUUAAGUCCACACAGUUCUUAUUCAAAAAUGAGUUAGCGUUUAAAUACAUCAAUUUUGGAGGUAGUUUGAUUUUAUACAUGAACUUUAAAAAAAAAAAAAAUACACGAAUUUUAAUGUUGUAGCAAUUUUGUCAUAAUUUCUUUUUAUAUUAAAACUGACAUGACAAUAGUAGGAUUUA